CCAAUUCACCACGUGACCUUGAGACCCCGCCUUUUUACCUCUCGCUGCCUUGUGGGAAACGGGGAGCUAAGCUGCGUGAGGAGGCGAGAACGAGGCAAGAUGGACGCGGGCUUCUUCCGCGGCACCAGUGCGGAGCAGGAUAAUCGUUUCAGCAACAAGCAGAAGAAGCUCUUGAAGCAGCUUAAGUUUGCAGAAUGCCUGGAAAAGAAGGUGGAAAUGAGCAAAGUAAAUCUGGAGGUCAUAAAACCUUGGAUAACGAAGCGUGUGACAGAAAUAUUGGGCUUCGAGGAUGAUGUGGUUAUAGACUUUAUUUUCAACCAGCUGGAAGUGAAGAACCCAGAUUCCAAAAUGAUGCAGAUUAACUUGACUGGCUUUCUAAAUGGCAAAAAUGCCCGGGAAUUCAUGGGAGAGUUGUGGCCGCUUCUUUUGAGUGCACAAGAAAAUAUUGCUGGCAUUCCUACUGCAUUUCUUGAAUUAAAAAAAGAAGAAAUAAAACAGAGACAGAUUGAGCAGGAGAAGUUGGCAACUCUGAAGAAGCAAGACGAUGAUAAAGAUAGAAGAGAUAAAGAGGACAGAGAUAAAAGAGAUCGAUCUAGAAGUCCAAGAAGGCGAAAAUCUAGGUCAUCUUCACCAAGGAGGAGAUCAUCCUCACCGCGAAGGAGGUCUCCAAGUAGGAGAGAGAGAAAAAGAAGCCCCUCUCAUUCUCCACCUCCACGGCACAAAACAAAAAGCCCUAGUCCUUCUCCUCCUCCUCCUCCACCUCCACCUCCAGUUCUUGACAAGGGAGAGCUGGAAGUUCAAGAACCUGAGCCAUCUCUAAAAGUAAAGGAGCCAUUUGUACAAGAGGCCACAUCGUCUAGUGACAUAGUUAAGAUCUCUAAACCUGAUUCUGCACCAGAUACUAAGGAUGUAUCGCCAGAGCCAAAUUUGCGGAAAGUUAAAGAGGAGCGACAUCGCCACAGGUCUCGUACACGUUCAAAGUCCAGGUCUCGUUCCCCUUCCCAUUCUAGACCACGGAGACGGCAUCAUUCGAGAUCCAGGUCUUACAGUCCAAGGAGGCGUCCUAGCCCCCGACGUAGACCAUCUCCUCGAAGGAGAAGCCCCCCUCGACGAAUGCCGCCUCCUCCUAGACACAAGAGAAGCAGAAGUCCUGUUAGACGUAGGAGACGUUCAUCAGCAUCUUUGUCUGGAAGUAGUAGCUCAUCAUCUUCAUCCAGAUCACCGCCACCACCUCCUAAGAAGCAACCCAAAAGAAUUUCUUCCAGCCCACCACGUAAGCCACGCCGCUCAUCUCCAUCUGCUAGUCCUCCACGAAGGCGAUAUAGACAGUCUCCACCACCAAGUCCUCCACAGAAAAGGCGUUCCCCAUCUCCACAGCAGUCAUUACGUUCAAGAAAGCCUCGAGGGUCUGUUUCACCUGCUCAUACUUCAGCAUCAAAGCACAAAAUUAUAGAGAAGCGGAAGACGCCAUCACCUCCUCCAAAACCACGCAGAAGGGAAAUAUCAGAGUCUGAUGAUGAUAAGGGAGGCAAAAUGGGAACAUCAGAUUCCGUACAGCAGCGUCGUCAGUAUAGGAGACAAAAUCAGCAGUCCUCAUCAGAUUCUGGGUCAUCCUCCUCAUCAGAAGAUGAACGGCCAAAGCGCGCAGGAGUAAAGAAUGGGGAAGUUGGCAGGAGACGUAGGCAGUCUACAUCAAGAAGUCCGUCCCCUUCUCGAAAACGGCCCAAGGAUCCUUCUCCACAGAUGCAGACUGUGAAAAGGUGGCAAUCACCUCCGCCUAAAAGCCGCAGGCGGAGGAGCCCAUCACCCCCACCACCACCCAGAAGGAGACGCAGCCCUUCCCCUGCCCCACCCCCGAGGAGAAGACGUUCUCCUUCUCCACAGAGGCGCAGGUCCCCUUCUCCUUGUAGGCAGUCUCCCUCUCAAAGACGGUACUCACCACCAAUUCAAAGACGAUACUCUCCUUCUCCACCUCCUAAAAGGAGAACUUCUUCACCACUAGCUCAGCAGCCUUCAAAACGCAGAGUAUCACAGUCACCUCCUCCAGCAAAACGCAGAGUAUCACAGUCACCUCCUCCAGCAAAACGCAGAGUAUCACAGUCGCCUCCUCCAGCAAAACGCAGAGUAUCACAGUCACCUCCGGUAAAACAUAAAGGAUCUCCUGGAGGAAAAAGACGGUCUCCAUCUGUACCAUCCAAGCACAGAAAAGGAUCAUCCCCAAGUAGAUCUGGAAGAGAGGCACGUUCUCCUCAACAGCCUAAACGUUUAUCACACUCUCCACGUCCAAGAGUUGCACGUAGCCCUGAGAGCCCUCCAGUACAUAGGAGGGUACCAUCUUCUUCACCUCCAAGGAUCCAACAGUCCCCUUCUCCAAGUACACGGCCUAUUCGACGAGUGUCCAGAACACCAGAACCGAAAAAACUGAAAAAAGAUUCUCCAAGUCCAGGUCCGAGAAGAGGCUCGUCUUCAAGAUCUGUUUCUCGAUCCCCUGAACCUGCUCCUAAAAAUCAAGCUGUGUCACCAUCUCGGUCUCGAUCACGCUCUGCCAACUGGUCUCCAGCUCCAGCCCCAGCUAAGAAAGUCAAGAGCGCCACACCAAGCCCAUCUCUUGCUCAGACAUCAGAUCAAGAGGCCGGUGGAGGGAAAAAGAAAAAGAAGAAAAAGGACAAGAAACACAAAAAAGAAAAGAAGCACAAGAAACACAAAAAACAUAAGAAAGAGAAGGCUGCAGCAGCUGCUUCUCCAGAGGUCACUGAGGCAAAUGUGGAAACUGAAGCAAAGAAGGAGACUGAAAGUGACGGAGAAGGAACUCUAGACGAUUUGGAGAAGCAUUUACGAGAGAAGGCUCUGCGUUCCAUGAGAAAAGCGCAAGUUUCCCCUCAGUCCUAAUUCUGUUCAUGUCUCAUUUGCAAAGUGUAAAUUGUAUUUUGUUUUUGUAUUUCUUUUUUUUUUUUUACUUUUUUUUUUUUUUUUUUUUUCUCAGAUGGCUUAAUUGAUUUGGAAGGUUAGAUUAUUCGAGUUAUUAGGUUGGGAUUUACUACAUUUUGCUGAUCAUUUCAUACAGUGAUGGGAGAGGUUUAACACCUGCAGCUAUAGUGGGAGUGGAAGUCAACUGUUCGUGCACUCGUUGAACAUUUGUUGUACUUUCUCAAUCCUGUAAUGUCAUGGUUGACAUUUGAUUGGUAAAAUGUUCCCCUUUUUCUGCUUUUAAUAUUUCCAUUGUCAUGCCACGAGUUUUCCAGAUUUAAUAAAUUGUACAGACUGUU